AUGUCGCUCUCGGUGAGGGUAUUGCGGAAGAUCGUGAAGAACGAGGCCAUGGCCUCGGAUCCUCCCGAGAUCUACGGCUGGCGCGUGUACAUGCUGGCUUGUUCGGCCUGCUUCGGCGCAAUGUCCUUUGGCUGGGAUUCGUCUGUCAUCGGAGGUGUCAUUGUGCUGAAGCCCUUCGUCAGGGACUUCGGUCUGGGUGACCCCAAGUCCGUUGCCUCCGCCAACCUCUCGGCCAACAUCGUCUCGACACUCCAGGCCGGCUGCUUUCUCGGCGCCCUGCUCGCGUCCCCCCUGACGGAUCGGUUCGGACGCAAGUGGUGCCUUAUCGGCGUGUCAAUGGUCAUCAUCAUCGGUGUUAUUAUGCAGGCCUGCGCGCUCGGCAACCUGGGCGCCAUGUACGCCGGUCGCUUCCUGGGCGGCGUCGGCGUCGGCGCCGCCAGCACCAUUAACCCCAUCUACGUGUCCGAGAACGCGCCGCGCGCCAUCCGCGGCCUGCUCACCGGCCUCUACCAGCUCUUCAUCGUCACGGGUGGCAUGAUCGCCUUUUGGAUCAACUACUCGGUCAGCAUCCACUUCCCGGAGACCAGGAUCCAGUACGUCUUCCCGCUCGCCAUCCAGGCACUGCCGGCGGGGCUGCUGUGCGUCUGCAUGCUCAUGUGCCAGGAGUCGCCGCGCUGGCUCGCGCGCAAGGACCGCUGGGAGGACACCAAGCGCGUGCUGGCGCGCAUCCGCAACCUGCCGCCGACGCACGCCUACAUCCAGGACGAGUUCCAGGAGAUCAUCGACCAGCUCGACAACGAGCGCCGGCUGAUCGGCGGCGCCACCUUCUGGAACCUGCAGCGCGAGAUGUGGACCAUCGCCGGCAACCGCAAGCGCGCGCUCAUCAGCAUCAUCCUCAUGAUCUGCCAGCAGAUGACGGGCACCAACGCCAUCAACACGUACGCGCCGACCAUCUUCCAGAACCUCGGGCUCAAGGGCACGUCCACCAGCCUGUUCAGCACCGGCAUCUACGGCAUCGUCAAGGUCACCAGCUGCAUCUGCUUCCUGCUGUUCAUGGCCGACUCGCUGGGCCGCCGCCGCAGCCUGCUGUGGACGUCGAUUGCCCAGGGGCUCGCCAUGUUCUACAUCGGCCUGUACGUGCGCAUUGCCCCGCCCAAGGAGGGCGAGGUGGUGCCGGCCGCCGGCUACGUCGCGCUCGUGUCCAUCUUCCUGUUCGCCGCCUUCUUCCAGUUCGGCUGGGGCCCCGCCUGCUGGAUCUACGCCAGCGAGAUCCCCGCCGCCCGCCUGCGCUCCCUGAACGUCUCGUACGCCGCCGCCACCCAGUGGCUCUUCAACUUUGUCGUCGCCCGCGCCGUGCCCAACAUGCUUGUCACCGUCGGCGCCUACGGAUACGGAACCUACCUCAUCUUCGGCAGCUUCUGCUUCUCCAUGUUCUUCUUCGUCUGGUUCUUCGUGCCAGAGACCAAGGGCAUCUCGCUCGAGGCCAUGGACAAGUUGUUCGGCGUUACUGAUGUCCCGGAGAAGUCGGUCAGCGAGGAGGAGACCAAGGAGAAGGAUGGCCCGCAGGCCCGCGAGACCGAGGUGGCUUGA